GGUAUUUUCUGAUUUCUCUCAAUUUUCAAACCUCCAAGGUUCUGAAACAAAUAGCAACAUCAUUUUUUUAUUAGUUACAUAAGAAGAAAAAAUACACACACAAACACAAAGAGUGUAAUCAAAUGGCUACUUCAGUUUCUGCAACUGGGUGUGUUGGUUCAUCGUUCUAUGGAAGUUGGGGAAGUUCCAUGGCAGGUGAAGAAUAUAGUAUGCUGGCAAAAUCGUCGCAAGUUCGAUUUGGAAGGAAAAAAGGUUUGAGGAUGCAACCAAUGAUGAAGAAUGUGAAUGAAGGGAAAGGAAUCUUUGCUCCUAUUGUGGUUGUCACACGCAACAUCAUUGGCAAGAAGCGUUUCAACCAACUUAGAGGCAAAGCCAUUGCUUUACACUCUCAGGUAAUUACUGAAUUCUGCAAAUCAAUAGGAGCUGAUGCAAAACAGAGACAGGGGCUGAUAAGGUUAGCCAAGAAGAAUGGAGAAUGGCUUGGAUUUCUUGCAUGAAAUAUUUAACAAAUGUUUCAUACAUUUUGUAAUUAUCAUGUGAGAAGUUAAAAUUUCAAUGUCCAAACUUGAUGGCUUUUAAUUUUGACAGUACAAUGUAAACUAGGAACAUAUAUCUUCUAGUUGUGAUUUUUCAUUUUUCGUUAA